UCACCCCAAGAUGGCGGCGCCCGUGGGACCGGUGAAGUUUUGGAAGCCGGGCACGGAAGGUCCUGGUGUCAGUAUCUCAGAGGAGAGGCAGAGUCCUGCUGAGAGCAGUGGCAUAACCAUCAUCUACAAUCCAUAUGCUUCCCUUUCUAUUGAGCAACAAAGACAAAAGCUGCCUGUUUUUAAGCUGAGAAAUCACAUACUUUAUCUAGUGGAGAACUAUCAAACCCUGGUGAUUGUUGGGGAAACAGGUUGUGGGAAAUCGACGCAGAUUCCACAAUACCUGGCAGAAGCUGGCUGGACAGCUGAAGGAAGAGUUGUUGGAGUGACGCAGCCUCGUCGAGUUGCUGCUGUUACAGUUGCAGGCCGAGUUGCCGAUGAAAGAGGUGCAAUGUUGGGGCAUGAAGUUGGCUAUUGCAUUCGGUUUGACGACUGCACGGAUCCACAGGCUACAAGAAUUAAGUUUCUAACUGAUGGGAUGCUGGUGAGGGAAAUGAUGGCUGAUCCUUUAUUAACACGAUACAGUGUUCUCAUGCUGGAUGAAGCCCAUGAAAGGACUCUUUAUACAGAUAUUGCCAUUGGCUUACUAAAAAAGGUCCAAAAGAAGCGUGGGGACCUUCGACUGAUUGUGGCUUCAGCUACCUUGGAUGCAGAGAAAUUCAGAGAUUUCUUUAAUCAAAAUGAUACUGGUGACCCCAGCAAAGAUACCAGUGUGAUCCUUACUGUGGAGGGGAGGACAUUUCCAGUGGACAUCUUCUACAUACAGAGUCCUGUUCCAGACUAUAUCAAAUCAACUGUGGAAACUGCAAUGAAAAUUCACCAGGUGGAGAAUGAUGGUGAUAUCCUGGCAUUUUUAACUGGCCAGGAAGAAGUGGAGACUGUUGUUUCUAUGCUCAUAGAACAGGCUCGGGCCCUGUCUCGUACUGGAAUGAAAAAGCACCUCCGUGUUCUCCCCAUGUAUGCUGGGCUGCCCUCUCCUGACCAAAUGAAAGUGUUUGAGAGAGUGUCUCACAAUGUUAGGAAGGUGAUCGUAGCCACCAACAUUGCCGAGACCUCCAUCACGAUCCACGGGAUUGCCUAUGUCAUUGACUGUGGCUUUGUGAAGCUCCGGGCCUAUAACCCCAAAACAGCCAUUGAAUGCCUGGUGGUGGUGCCAGUGUCCAAAGCUUCAGCCAACCAGAGAGCAGGGCGAGCAGGACGCAACCGCUCUGGGAAGUGCUACAGGCUUUACACAGAGGAAGACUUUGAGAAGCUGCCCAAGUCCACGGUUCCAGAGAUGCAGCGCAGCAACCUUGCACCUGUCAUCCUGCAGCUGAAGGCUUUGGGAAUUGACAAUGUGCUCAGGUUCCCCUUCCUUUCGCCACCUCCUGCACAGUCAAUGGUGCAAGCUUUGGAAUUGCUGUAUGCUUUAGGAGGUUUGGAUAUGCACUGCCGUUUAACAGAGCCUCUUGGCAUGAGGAUAGCAGAGUUUCCUCUGAAUCCUAUGUUUGCAAAGAUGCUUCUGGAAUCAGGAAAUUUUGGCUGCUCCCAGGAGAUUUUGACAAUUGCUGCCAUGAUGCAGAUUCAAAACAUUUUUGUGAUCCCUCCAAAUCAAAAAGCUCAGGCUGCCAGGCAACACAGAAAGUUUGCUGUGGAAGAAGGUGAUCAUCUCACUAUGCUUAAUGUUUAUGAAGCCUUUGUCAAACAUAGCAAGAGCUCUCAGUGGUGUCAGGAACACUUUCUGAAUUACAAAGGUCUUGUUAGAGCUUCUGUCGUCAGAGAGCAGCUGAAAAAGCUUCUUGUCCGCUUUAAAGUGCCAAAGAAGUCCAGUGAAGGUGAUCCAGAUCCCGUUUUGAGAUGCAUAGUUUCUGGAUUCUUUGCUAAUGCAGCUAAAUUCCACUCUACUGGAGCUUACAGGACUAUCCGCGAUGACCAUGAACUUCAUAUCCAUCCCACUUCAGUGCUGUAUGCAGAGAAACCUCCACGCUGGGUAGUCUACAAUGAAGUCAUACAGACUGCUAAGUAUUACAUGAGAGAUGUGACUGCUGUGGAAUCUGCAUGGCUCUUGGAGCUGGCUCCUCAUUUCUACCAGCAAGGAACGGUACGGAAUCGGCAUAAAGCCCAAACGCAUCUUUCCUUGAAAGCAAAAAGAGCUAAAGUAGAUGACCACUGAUUCAACUUGACUUCAGUCUUGUGACAGCAGAUGCAGAACCUACCAGUGAUUCCAAGCUGGCUACAGUCCAUUCAGCAGUCAGUUCAUCAGCAAUUUGAUCUUCCAUCAACUUAAAUGUUUAAAUGCCUGCCAGGAUCUGUAGGGGUGCAUGAUCAGUACAUUGUAAACCUAUGUAGAGCUUGCAUUGUGGACAUUUUAUUCUUUGCCUACUUGACCACUGUUGUUAAUCUGGGCAUGUUGCUCCUUUUAAAUAGGUAGGAAGAAAAAAAAAAGAGUUUAAGAAGUAAGAGGACAAACAGGAUCUCCAAAACCUGGAACCUUCAAGAAGGAAACUGAUAUCCUGGUGUGGUAUGGCUGCCUUAUGAGAGUGGGGAAUAGGGUACCCUGCCUCUUGUUACCUAGAGCACUGUGACUACUACCGGCCAAACUGAGACUGACUCCUGCCAGCAGGGGCUCAGGCACUGAACUAUCCCUUGAAAUGUGAGGGGCUGCCAUGGGAACACUGAUUUCACAUUGGACCAUCCUAAACUGGUGCAGCUUGUGCUGCCAAGUAGUGAAAGUCUCCUGCCUGGGGCCAAGCUGCCCCUGGUUCCUGGGCUGGAGCAGUCCUUCUGUAGGCAGCUCUGCAUUAAAACAUCUUGCUUCCACGGGAGGCUUGCUGUUUGGGGAGGGAGAGGAAGAUUAGUUCAAUAUUUUUCAGAAGAAUUAAUUUUUUGCUCAAUCAGGGGAAUAUACUCAGAUGUUCACAAACAGUCACACUCCCAGAUGGGGCUUUGCUUUUCACUCUUUUCCUGUCAGAGGUCGUUAGCCCCUCACUGCUGGAAGCAGCAGAACAUUGCAGCAGGGCUAGAGCGUGCAACACUCUGGUUUAGCCUCUGUCUUUCAGCAAAGAUGCAAAUGCUCUCUGCAUUCCUAUAAGGAACACAAUCCUUUACCUUUCUUUUAUUGAGAAUCUCUUCUUUGCUGCCUGGGACCCCAUGUGUUGUUGUGAGAAGGGUGGUCUGUGCAGUUGCUGCUUUAAUUGGGACUCCAAAGCUACUUUCCAGCGAGGACCUUUGUUUUCCCAGGAUAGCUUGGCUACAUGUAUUUGUUCUUUUUCCCCAGCCCUGUUGAUAUUUAUUUUAGAGACAUUGUUUGAAGAUUUUAUUUUUCUAAGGCAGCUGAUUUAAUGAAUGCUUUUCACAUAUUAACUAUAUUUUUAUUUUCUUUAAGAGAAAAAAAAAAUAGAAGCAAAAAGGAUGUAAAUAAGGGAAAAUUUCUACAGCAAACAAUUGCCUUCCUCAUCACAGGACUGCCUUGAACACUUUCUUGACAGCUUCUUUACCUUCUCCCUUCCAAACACCUGCAGGGAGAACAUGUUCUGUCACAUGCAGUGUGUGGUCUAUCCUGUGUCUAGGUACUGACUGCCAGCACAAACAGAUGUACCAGUCCCCAUGUGUGGCACCAGCAGCAUGACAAACCAUGUCACCUUCCUUGUUUUCCUGCUGAACCUCCCCCUUUGUGUGACUUUUUCUCUUAGAGUGGAAGCUCUUUGGGGCAGGGACUGUCUCCUAGCCAGAGCCGAGAGCAGUGUUGGCACUUACAAAAA